CCAGUCUUGCACAGUGGAACCUGCCAAGAUUGAAGGGAGGGCAAGUACUAUGGCUUCAUAACAAAGAUAAAAGCCUCAGACCAUCAGAGUCUGCAUGAGGGACGAAGAGUUAAGCAGAAUAACACCAGAGAUUCAUCAAGAAAUAGUUUGCAACAGAAACAAAAAAAGAAUAUAAGAAAUAUUCAAGAUAACGUGAUAGUUUUACUUUUCAUUUAAGACUGUAAAACUUUGACAAAAUCAGAUAUGAAUCUGAAUGAAAGGAGGAGUGAACACUUUGUAGAAGAGAUGCUACUCAUAACAUCUCAGAAUCUGCCUCUGAUCGAAAUGAAAGAUAAUUACACCCUUAUCAAGGAGCUGGGCAGUGGUUCAUACGGACGUGUGCUUCUUGCAAUGAACCAAUCAGAAGGCAAUCUAAUGGCUCUAAAGUUCAUGAAGAAGAGUAACACAGACCUCCGUGGCUUCCUUGUUGAGUACUGUGUAUCCCUUAGCCUCUCUGAUCACCCCUGCAUUAUUGGAACCUUUAACAUUGCUUUUCAAACAGACCUGCACUAUGUCUUUGCUCAAGAGUUGGCAACUGAUAACCUCUUCUCCCUCAUGAAACCCCAGGUAGGUGUUCCUGAGAUGCCAGUUAAACGAUGUGCUAUUCAGCUCUCCAGUGCUUUGGAGUACAUGCACAUGAAAGGACUUGUUCAUCGUGACAUCAAACCUGAAAAUGUCCUAAUCUUUGACAAGGAAUGUCGCCAGAUUAAGUUAACUGACUUUGGACUUUCUUGCACAAAGGGCACACCAGUGGAAUCAAUGCCUGAAAAUUUACCCUAUACAGCACCAGAGAUGUGCAUUCUGGGAUCAGCAGACAAAUUGAUUGCACAAACUAGCUUAGACAAUUGGGCAUUUGGGGUACUCCUUUUUUGUGUCCUAACUGGAUACUUUCCAUGGAAUUCUGCUUUGGCAUCUGAUAAACAUUAUGUAGAAUAUGCUAAAUGGCACAAAAGCAGUAGAAUAUUCCAAACGCCAACUCAAUGGAAAGUUCUUAGCACAGAAGCUAUAGAAAUGUUAAAGAAAUUUUUGACACCAGAGCCAGUUCAAAGAUAUCCAUGCAAAGAAGUGAUGAACUAUCUGAAGACCCCUUGGAAAGUUAGCCUAGAAAAUAAAAAUAUCAAUCUUGGAAGAGGAAGACUGGAUAAUGCCAACUACCUACGUGGUAGAAUAGACAACAGAAACUGCAAUAUAAGGAAACCACGAUGAAAACAGAACAAUGUAAGUUCUGGUUUUGUAAUCGGAUGUUCAGCAGACCUUGGUGAACCCUUACAAUACUGACUUGUAAGCCACCAAAAUGAAGCUUAGAAGCUCAUAAUGGACAGUAGUCAAAUGUUGCAGUACGGCAUCAUGAGAAGUAGAUUUAAGAGUUUGUGACAUCACUUACUUUUAUUACUGUUACAGAACAGUAAUACAGGAGUAUUCUACAUAAUGUUCAAUGAGAAUGUGAAACCAGCCUAAAAAAGCUGUAUAUUUAACUUAAUUAGAUCAAUACAUAAAAGGCAUUUAUAAAAAAAACAAGAAAGAUCCUUUAGAGCGAUAGAAUAUAGAAGGCAUACAGUUAUAUUAAAUGAAAGUUAAAGGGAUAUUUAAUCAAUGUUCCAAUUUAGUUCAAUUUACUUCUCAAGCUUCAAAUUGCAUGCUCUAUCAGAAUCUUGAAAGGAAUGUCCCUUUAAGGGUAUUAAUCUUUAUAUUCUCAUGUCUCUGUCGUUCAACUGUAUGGAAGAGACCAAAAAGAUAACAGAACCAAUGUUGCUUAAAAAAUAUUUUCUAGUGUAAAAAUGAAAUUGCUAUUUCAUUAGAGAGCUUAAUUUAAAAAAAAAUCCUUCAGUUCACCAUGAAUUUAUCUUCCUCAAAAGGGUUAAACACAUAGUAAAAGUUGCAUUUCUAGAACACCUUCAUUCUGCUUAGAGUAUACACAAAAAUGCCUGCUUCUCAUUUGCUCUGCAUGUGGCGCUGGAGCAUGUUUCACUAUGGAUUUAACCCCUUAAUAGAGGUAAAUUUUAAAAGAACAUAUUAUUUUUAAUAAAGUGUCCCAAAGAAAUAACUUUUUAAUUUAUUUAAUAUAUUUACAAUAGAAAUUCUCUUCACAAUGAAACAGCCUCUGCAAAUGAUCUUCAUUUCAACAAAUCCAAAAUUAUCAAAAAGAAAUAUAUUUAAACAGACCCACUUAAAAUUAUGUGAUUUUAUGGACCAAACACUUUUAUUAGAAUAUAAUUUUGACCAUAAGUUUGUAAACCUUUUGCCCAGUUUGUAUUGAGUGUUUAUUGAUCUUUAUAUAGUUCAGCUUUAUAAUCUUUUAGUUACUUUUACACUGUUGUUUAAUAAUUUUCAAUAAAAAAAUUCUCUUUAAAAAAUAAA